AUGUCCUUCUACGAGCUGCGUCGCGGCAAGUACGCGAAGCUCGAUGCGCCCGGCGACGACGAUGUCGAUACACCCACGCGCUUCUCCUCCGAAUCGACCGGCACCCUCGAAGACCUCGAAGAGCACGACCCCUUGGCAUUUGACAGCAGACUGAAGCGCAAGAAGAGCGCUGGCGACCUCAAAGUACGGAAGGCUUCUUUUAAAGAUGCCGAAAUCGCAAAGCAGGGAUCAUUUGCCAGGAGGAAGACGCUCGGCCGGUGCUGCUGCUGGUUCUUGACGUUUGUCGCGGCCGUGGUACUGUUGCUCGCCACAGGAGGCAUAUGGGCGUGGAAGGUGUCGGUACCAGAAGAUGGGCUGAGCCCUCCCUGGUACCCUGCACCCAAAGGCGGAGCGGAUAAGCUUUGGGAAGAAAGCUACAAGAAGGCAGCUGCCAUGGUCAAGGAGAUGACGCUGCCCGAGAAGGUUAAUCUCACGACUGGAACAGGUUGGAGUAUGGACAUGUGCGUGGGACAGGUGGGAGGUGUGCCCAGGCUCAAGUUUCCCUCGCUUUGCUUGCAGGAUGGCCCGCUUGGCCUCCGUUUCGCGGACAACAUCACGGCUUUCCCUGCGGGUAUCACUGUGGGCGCAACAUGGUCUAAAGAGCUGAUGUACUUGCGCGGUAAGGCUCAUGGCAAAGAAGCACGCUUGAAGGGAGUACAUGUGCUUCUCGGUCCCGCCAUGGGUCCGCUCGGACGUAUGCCUGCUGGCGGUCGCAACUGGGAGGGCUUCGGCUCAGAUCCGGUUCUCCAAGGUAUUGCAGCAGCCCAAACGAUCAAGGGUAUACAAGAGGAGGGCGUCAUAGCGACCGCAAAGCACUAUGUAGGAAACGAACAGGAGCACUUCCGCCAAGCCUGGGAGUGGGGUCUUCCAAACGCUAUCUCGAGUAACAUGGACGACCGCACACUGCACGAGAUCUAUGCAUGGCCAUUUGCAGAUUCUAUCAAGGCCGGUGUAGGUUCAGUCAUGUGCAGCUACAACCAGGUCAAUGCUAGCUAUGCCUGCCAAAACUCGAAACUCCUGAAUGGCGUGCUCAAGGAUGAGCUUGGCUUCCAGGGCUUCGUGCAAAGCGACUGGCUUGCUCAGCGUGCAGGUGUGGCCAGUGCCCUAGCAGGUCUUGACAUGACGAUGCCAGGCGACGGACUACGUUGGGCUAAGGGAAACAGUCUAUGGGGACCUGAACUCACAAAGUCCGUGCUCAACGGCAGUGUGCCGGUCGAUCGUCUUGAUGACAUGGUCACUCGUAUUGUAGCCUCUUGGUACCAGGUCGGGCAAGACAAGUGGGGCGAAGACAGCGGACCCAACUUCUCCUCGUGGACCAACGAUCGCAUUGGUAAACUACACGAAGGCAGCCCCUCGGAUAAGUCAAUGGGCGUGGUCAACAAAUACAUCAAUGCUCAGGGUGAGGGUGAGGAUGCGCACAGCCACAUCGUGCGUCGUGUGGCCGCCGAAGGCACCGUCCUUCUCAAGAAUGAAGGCAGGGUGCUUCCACUAGACCGUAAAGGCUGGAAGAAAGGCAAGCGACAGACCAAGUUCCGCGUUGGUAUCUUUGGCGAAGACGCACGCCUGCCCCGCGACGGCAUCAACCACUGCCCGGAUCAGAGCUGCAACGAAGGUACACUUGCAAGUGGAUGGGGCUCUGGUGCAGUCAACUACUCAUACCUGGUCGAGCCCAUGUCUGCGAUCCGCGAGGCUUUCGACAAGGAUAGCGUCUACGUGACGGACUGGGUGGAGAACAAGCUUCCCAGCCAGAAGGAGAUUCUGCAGGAGCAAGACCUCUGCAUUGUGUUCGCAAACGCCGAUGCUGGCGAAGGCUAUCUUCACUACGAAGGUAUUCGAGGUGACAGAAAUGACCUAUAUCUGCAGAAAGGCGGAGACAAGCUUAUCCAGGACGUUGCCAAGGACUGUGGCGAGGGCAUGGGCGAUGUCGUUGUCGUAAUUCACGCCGUCGGUCCAGUCAUCAUGGAGAACUUCGCCGACAUCAUGAACGUCAGGGCCAUCGUACUGGCCAAUCUGCCCGGUACAGAAUCUGGCAAUGCUAUUGUCGACAUCCUCUUCGGAGACGUCAACCCCUCUGGAAGACUCCCAUACACCAUUGCGAAGAAGGAGGAGGACUACGGUCCAGGCAGCAAGAUCAAGUACCUUCCAAGCGUAUCUGACGGCCUAGCUCCUCAGCAGAACUUUUCUGAGGGUCUCUACAUCGACUACCGCCACUUCGACAAGCAAGAUAUUGCGCCUCGUUACGAGUUCGGAUAUGGCCUCUCGUACACUCAGUUCGAGCUCUUGUCACUCUCGAUCGACGCAAAGGGCAAGAAGACACCGCUUCCAGCGGCUCGUCCCGCCGGCAUUGUUCCACCAAGCUACUCCACGGAGGUGCCGGCUCCCGAGUCUGCACUCUUCCCCGAAGGCUUCCACAGGGUGGAGAAGUACAUCUACCCUUGGAUCGAAUCAACAAAGGGGAUCAAGAAGUCUGAUGUUGUAGCGUCGCAGCUCCAGAGCCCCCUCAGCGAUGCAGGUGGUGGGCCCGGCGGCAACCCGGACCUCUACACGGCCAUCCUCGCCGUCUCCGCGUCAGUCUCCAACAUCGGCUCUGUCGACGGCUCCACAGUCGUGCAGCUGUAUGUUUCUUUGCCACAGGGCUACAAGGACCACGAGACUGGCGAGCCCGUAGACUUCCCAGUUCGAGUUUUACGAGGCUUCGAGAAGGUUGCUCUCAAACACGGAGAUCAGAACAGAGUUACAUUUGAAGUGACGAGAAGGGAUUUGAGUUACUGGGACGUGAAGAGGCAGAACUGGGUCAUGCCAAGUACAGGGGAGAUUAAGAUCGCAGUUGGCUUUUCGAGCAGAAAUCUGCCGUUGGAGGGCACCUGGUAG